AUGUCUGACGGUAACUCUUCCACUCUCGGCUCCUACGUGAACGCCGCAACAGGCGCUACCCAGCGCGCCGUCGGCUCACUCACAGGCAACUCUUCCACCCAGGCCCAAGGAGAAGCUGCAAAGGCUCAAUCCGAAGCCCAGAGCGAAAACUCCCACACAACCGCCAAGGUCGGCCCCGUCGCAGCAGACCCCAACACAGGCGCGACAGCCACCGAUAACGCAAACCGCUCCACCGGCUCAUGGGACCAAACCGUCGGCUCAGCAAAGGAGUCCAUCGGUAACCUGACCGGAAUCGAGUCUCUGCGCCAAGCAGGCGUUGAACAGAAUGCCGCUGGUAAGGAGCAAGAGGCGAAGGGUCAGUUGAAGGAUUUCGGUGAGGGACUUCAGAACCGUGCCCAGGGUACUGUUGGUGGCCUUGCUGCUGCUAUUACUGGGGAUCGGGAGGACGAGCAGAAGUACAAGGAUAUUCAUGAUGAGGGGAAGGUGAGACAGCGUGGUGCUGAGGCUGAUAUGGCUAAGCGUCAAGGUGCUUAA